AUGAUACACGGGAUCGUGGAGCUCACCGAGGAACGAGAGCAGGCAACCAAAAUUCAUAGGAGGAUGGAAGAACGGGUGAAGCAAUACAGAUCAUUAGGCCACACAGUCAACCUUGUCACUUCGGAGGAUAGAUGCUAUCCAGCCUCUGCAAUCACCUUCACCGAAGAUGACUUACGGGGAGUGCACCUGCCCCAUGACGACCCUCUAGUCAUUUCGCUACAGGUCGACCAUUGCCAGCUGGGAAGAGUUUUAGUCGAUGGGGGCAGUGGGGUUGAUAUUCUCUUCUGGGAAGCCUUUCAGAAAAUGGGACUCGAAGAAAAUCAGAUCAGGACCUCUACUGCACCAAUUUUGGGAUUUAACAACCAGAGGGUAUACCCGAAGGGCGUUGUUCGAUUAAACGUGGUAGCCGCAGAACACACCUUGCAUGUGGACUUCCUCAUCGUGGAAUCUGUCAUAAGCUACAACGCCAUCAUGGGAAGAAGUUAG